UAUGUAAAUAGUAAUUUUAAAGUUUUAUAAUCAACAUUUUCAAAAAUAUAGAUGAUCAAUAUCGAUCGCGUCGCAAUAUCCUGGCGUCGAUUAUCGAUAUAUUUGGUGCUACGUGCGCCAUCUUCUGGCCAGUAUAGCAAUCUUUUAUAUUGCUUAGUUCAUGAAUGUAGAGUAUGAGCGUUCUUUGAGUGUUCGUUAUUUUAUUUACGAAAUAAGUGCUAAUUUUUGUCAGAAAUGAUAUUAAAGUGAUGAGUUCGAGUGAUCGUAGCAAUGUGCUUUCCAGCUAGUUACACAAGUCGACACAAUUAUCAUUCUGUCUUUGUUCGAUAUCCAAUGAGCAACGGAGUGAAUAUAAUAUUUUGUUUACUCUUGUGUCACUAGCCGGAAAGCACCUAAUAUGUGUUAUUUAGUUCAAGUGUUUGUGAUUAAGUGUGUUUUGUUGUUUGUGUUUUGUUGAUCUGUACUGCAGAUUGAAACUGACACAGUUCGAGAAAUACUGAUCUUGCAGGUUACACAUGAAUUAGCGCCAAAUAUUCGCGGUAUACGUUUUGUCAGCAUUUUGAAAAUUCAAUAUGUCGGAAUUAAAUCGAGUAAAACACGGUAGUUGUUACGUGCGUCGUAUAUGUCGAGUAGUAUAUAUAAAAUGAUGACGCGGACGUGUUGCAGCAUAAAGUGCUUUUUAUCUCGCGUAUUAUGUCUCGCGGCGUGACAAAUCUGGACAAAUCUAAAUUCGUGAUUUUUGCUUAGUGAAGUGUGAUUUUUGAUAAGUGAAGUGUGAUUUCUGAGGCUGUAAUAAUAUUUUAUAAGUGCUGGUUUCGUCAGCGAUGGAGCUGACAUGGAGCAAUUUGAGAUAAAAUCUACGGCGGGUGAGACAAACUGCAAUACUCUAACUGGUGCAGCUGAACGCGUACUUAGUUAGAGUACAACGACCGCAACGAACGAGGCUGCUCAUAAUUCUGGAGACGAGACCACCGGCACCAUUACGACGUUCGAGGGUAAAGUUCCGUCGCGAUGCCGACGGAAGAUCGAUGCGGCCCCGUCGGCUUCGCCGCGGAAGAUGGCAAUUCCGGCCGGCAGAAACUUUGCCAGCUGCUACAUGGAGCUGUGCAAGCAGCAACGACUGCGACCCUUGCCGGUGAUAUGCGUGACUCUACCGCACAGUCUUGAUUUCACCACCGAUCGCAUUAAAAUGGACGAUUGGGGACCGAUUUUGAAUUCGCUCUCUCUUGAUCGUUCGCUCAAGUCGAUCAGCGUGCACAGCAGAUAUCAAUGUCGCAAACCGUUGGAAGAGGUAAAUUCCGAGGACAAGGCGCGAGCAAUGGGCAAGACUCCGGUGGUCCUGACGCGUUACUUGCUCGAGUGGCUGUCGCAGAGCGUCGGCCAAUGCGCGAGGAACUCGGCCAGCCUCACACAUUUGGAACUCGAGGGCAUCCCCUUUCCGCCGGACUGUAUCGCGGUACUUUGCGUGGGUUUAUCGGGAACGGAAACUUUGCAUCAUCUCUCUCUUCGACGUUGUUACAUCGGCGAUACCGGCUGCGAGCUGAUCUGCCGCACGAUAGCGGAUAUUCGCAGCGUGAGAUCGCUGAAUCUAAGCCACUGCGACCUCACGUCGAACUCUGGCAGCGUUUUAGCAUCCGCGCUUUCGAGGCAGAAGCUGGCGCUGUAUCAUGACACCUGGAAGCAAUCGUUGAGAUAUCGCGAGCCCAACUUUGAAACAAUGCCGGGGCUUCGUCGACUGACUCUGAACGACAAUCCGCAUCUCGGCAACUACGCAGCGAGGGAAGUGAUCGAGGCGAUACGCGACAGUCUGUGGAUGAAGGCGCUCGAUCUUCAGCACUGCGGUUUGACAGACCAGAUCGGCAUAGAUCUGUUGAAUUUGUUGGAGCAGAACAACACGCUGGCGGUGUUCGACGUGAGGAGGAACGCGAAUCUGAAUGACGAGCUCGCAGCAGAGGUGAUGAGAAGGUUGCAGGAAAACGACGUCGACGGAAAGUCGGAAUACAAGUGGUUGGGAUUAGUGCCGAAGGAUAAGCGGACCGCUUCGGCCGGUAUUCAAAGAGACAGCGUGAAUGAGAACGCUGCGAAAACUUCGAGACCGCGAAGUGCCUUUACUAGGUACACGAGAAGGCCGCCUCAGGCGAUUCCUCCGAGAAGAACGCUUCCGAUAUCGAUUCCACCGACGAAAAUGAAAAUCCGACCGCCUUCGCCACCGGUUCGCGACACUCAGCCGCUUCAGCAACGCGAUGUGAACCGAUCGCAGGCGAUCGACAGCGUACGACCGACGCCUAAGGUAUCUUUACACCUGGACCUCCAGUCUCGCAUACAGUCCACGAUGAAUCGCGCGAAUCGCGACAUCGAAAAUCAACCGGAACAUGAAGACACUGUGCAUUGCUGCGAGGAAACAGGCUCGAAGAAAAGCAUCGAUUCGAGCAAAGUGAACGUCAGCGUGCAAAACGUGGAUCGGCAGAAUGAUGUGGAAACAACUCAGAAUAUUCUCCAGCAAUUGAUCGAAGCGCGAGAGGAGUACGAUCGUCUCCUGCAGGAGACCAAACGGACCGAUUUUCUGCUCGUCGAGGAACGAGCGCGCCGCGAGGCCGCCGAGAUAAGUCUGCGAUCGGCGCAGAACGACAUGGCCGAGCUGGAGAGUGCUCUGAAGAGGAAGGAGAGCGAGACCAGAGGCUAUCUGCUGGUCAGCCAGCAGUCCUUAGACGAGAUAUGCCUGUCCUUUGAACGUCUCCUGGAACUGCUGGAACGCGUAGCCGCCAAUCAUCCAUCCGUAAAGACGCAGGACUCGCGGCAGAUCGCGAGCGCGGAUAUCAAGCAGCGCCUGGCAUCCGUCAUCAGACAUACCAAGUCGGAGAACCUGAAGAGAGGCUACAAGGUGGACAUUGACUUGCCGAAACACGUCAUAGACAGCGCACGGAAGCUCGUGAAAUCCGAGAGCGACGUGAGAUCGGCUCAGCCGAUCCCAGCGACGCAUAUUGAGAAGAAGAUCGGCGAGUGUCCCGACAACAACGAGCCGUGUAAAAAGCAUUACGGUGCCGACAAGCCGAUGUCGCCCGGCGAUCGAGCUCGAGCGAUCUUCGCGAGCAUCGUCAGCGGCGAGGCCCUGCUUGAAUUCUACUAGUCGACCGAUCGGACAAAUUCGACAAUCGUGCGAAGGGCACGGACUUUUUUCUCGAGGUUUCGCGUGGAAUGUAUAUAUACAUAUUUUGUACAUGUAUAUUGUACCCUCUCUCUUAUAUAUAUAUAUAUAUACGCGCAAAAGGAACGUAUAUACACGCCGUACUCAACUUUUCUAUUAUCAGGAGGUAAUUCUUCUAUUACCGCAGCGCCAUUUUUUUACUAUAAGCUUUGACUCGAACAUCAUAAACAUCUAAGAGAUGUGGAAACGCGUAAAAACUAUUCUCUAGACGUUCAUCAGUAAAGCUCUUUUGUAUUUUCGUGUUGUUUGAGAAGUAAAUAAUUUUCAUUGCUAUUUCGAUGUAUAAGACUGUAUCUGAGCUUGCGAAAUCGGUUCUCAUUGAAAUUCUCAGUUUCCGUGAUGCGUUGUGAAAAAUUGAUUCAAACGGCUCGUAUUAUCUGUUAGAAAAUCUGUGAUUACUUAUUCAUGUCACAAUUAUCUUAAUCGCGUGAAAUACGCGGCGGUGAUCUGAACUUCGUAAAAAAUGUAUUUGCAAAACAUUAAUUUCUAUUGAUUUAUACAUUCGGUCAUAGAAUAUUUUUCGCAACAAAAUGUAAGUGACAGACGACGCGACGCAAGAAAUUGCUUAUUCAAGAGAACGGAUGAUCGAGAUAAUUACUGGGUUAAGAAUACCAGUUAGCGUUUCAGGGUGAUCGACGAAGUGUAUAAUCCACGGUCCGAAGACGACACGGCUAGUCGAGAAGGCAAGAUCGAUCGCUCACGCGACGAGGAACGUUCCUCGUUUAUAGCCACUUUUUUCUUAGC